ACAUAGCAAUAGUUUUAGUUUCAGCAAGAGAGUAAGGCAGUGAAAUAGAGGAAUGGGUUUUCAAGCUCCAUUGUGCUUCUUCUUCUUUUCUUCCUUUGCCGUAAUAUGCUUGGCUCGCAAAGUCCCUUCAGGGCCAGACCCAAGGCAUAAUCGUCGAGGCCCUCCUGCGAUUGACAUGUCCACAUCAAUUGGAAAAAAUAUUGUAACAACAUUGGUAACAGAGGACUACGUGAACCCGGGGCCCGACCCAAGGCAUGAUCCUCAUCACCCUCCUGCGAUUGACGUGUCCAUAUCACUAGGAAACAAUUUGACAACCUUGGAAACUGAUGACAACAGUCCUACAGGGCCCAACUCAGGCCAUACUCCUCAUCAUCCUCCUGUCAUUGAAGUGUUUACUUCACUCAAAAACAAUGUAACAACCUUGGAAACUGAUGACUACCCUCCUCCAGGGCCCAACCCACGCCUUACUCCUCAUCGUCCGCCUUACAUUGAAGCAUCUAUUUCACUCAAAAGUGAUGGAUUGGCGGGCCAUAGUCCGGAAGAGGGUGGUUAUAGUGGUCAAAAAGACUCAGAUAGUCCAUGA